AAUUGUAUAAAAACAGAUAUUCAUCGAAUAAAAAAUUAAUAUAUUUUUAUGAACUCUUGCGAUCAGUAGUCGUUCACUUCUAAUCGUAUGUUUUCGAUCAAUAUGAAAUUAUUUUGCGUAUUUUUUGUGCUGCUUUUUGUGGACAAAUAUUUUGUAUCUGCGGUCGAUUUUAGUUUCAAAAAACAAAUUUCAAUAAAGGAACAACUCUCAUUGAAAAAUAUCUUACGCUCACUGAGUAGUGUGAGUUCUCCAAAUGGAAGACCCAAAAGUAAAGAUGAAGAAUUUCUUAUUGCGGCUAGCGUUGGUAAUACGCAGAUUUUAGAAAAACUCAUCGAUGAAGGUGUGAAUCUUAAUACACGUUCUGUGCAAGGAAUGACGGCUCUUCACUUUGCUGCUGAUAAUGGUCAUUACGAAGUAGCAAAACUGCUUGUUUAUAGCCGUGCUGAUGUUAAUGCACAAGAUUUCUUCCUUAAUACACCACUACACAUCGCGAGCAGUCAUGAUGAUGUUGACAUGAUGAAAUUAUUCAUAGAAAACGGAGCUCGCUUAAGUAUACAAAAUUUGGCAAGAUCUCCCCCAAUCAAGCUGUGUACUGUCAAAGAUCAGCUAAGUUCAAUUUUGGCAGAUAUAAAUUCAAAGGGCGUGGAGCUUCUUGAUGCAAUUAAAAAAGGAAAAAUAAAAAUGGCUGAAAAGCUUAUUAAAGAUGGAGUAGAUAUUAAUUCAAAAUACUAUAGUAAUAUGGAGGGAAUGACACCAAUAUACCAAGCAAUAAUGAGUGGUCAAGAUAUCUUCGCUUCAUUGCUCGUUCUCAGUGGAGCCGAAGUUUCGGAAAUAACUCCAAGUGGGAUUGCUUUACGUGAAUAUGCAAAUUUGAAAGGUAUUAAGCUUCCGCCAGCUAUUUACGAUCAGAGAUCAAAAAUAAGAACAGAAGAAAAGCGAGUUCAUGAAUGGCUUCAAGAAAAUCCCACACCGAAGGAAAUUGAAAAACAACAAAGACAAAAUGGUCACGCCUUAACUUGGCAAGCAUAUCAUCGUUUGGACGAUAUUCACGCAUUUUUAAAGCAUUUGGCUAAAAAAUAUCCCAAAUUGUGUAAGCUUAUAACGAUUGGAGAAACGCACGAGAAACGAUCACUUGUCGUGCUGAGAAUUUCGAGCGACAAACCGGGUAACAAAGCAAUUUGGAUUGAUGGUGGUAUACAUGCGCGAGAAUGGAUUAGUCCAGCAGCCGUAACGUACAUUGCGAAUGAUUUGGUGGAGAAUUGGAAAAAACAGCCUGCACAUGUUCAAAAUAUAAAUUGGCAUAUUUUGGCCGUUCACAAUCCAGAUGGCUAUGAAUUUUCACAUCAAAAUGGAAAUCGAUUUUGGCGAAAGAAUCGCCGCCCAAAUGUAUCGAGCAGAUGUUCAGGAGUUGACUUGAAUCGAAAUUAUGGAUAUCAUUUUGGUAAAUAUGGCAUAAAGGAAGCUGAUCCAUGCAGUGAUUUAUAUCGUGGAGCGAAUGCCUUCUCUGAGCCGGAAACAGAAGCAGUUCAGCGUUUUUUUAACGAAACCGAUGAAGCAUUUUGUGGAUUUCUCACUUUCCAUAGUUUUGGUAGAUACAUUGUACAUCCAAAUGAUGGAAGAAUGUCAAUAUUGCAUGUAGAAGCCAUAAGCCGUGUUGGCGAAGAAGGAGUUCAGGAAAUGAAUGCAGCCGGCAAUCAGAAAUAUAUUGUAGAUAAAGAACCAAAGCCAGCGACGGGUUGUUCCGAUGAGUGGGCGCGAAGUAUUGGAAUUAAGUAUGCUUAUACCGUUGAAUUGCGUGACAAAGGUCGUUAUGGAUUUCUUUUGCCCGCCAAUCAAAUCGUACCCACCGCUCAGGAAGCGCAAGCAUUUAUUAAAACCAUAUCGAAGGCAAUAUCUGAAGACGUACAAAACAUGAUUUUAUAGUUUAAGUCCGAAAUAUAAAUUCACAACUCACACAUCGUUUCGAUUCAUGUGUAAAAAAAUACUUUUUUUCCAAGAGUUUUGAUUGGAAUAAAAAUGUAAUUUUAUCUCUUAUA